AUGUCGAAUAAUACACCAUUACCGUCGUCUUUCGAUGGCGAUACUGAUUUCUACGAAGAAAAUCGAUGGCAGAAAUUAACCCGUCGUUUCAAAGAAGAGCCUCUCAUCCCCCUAGGCAAGUCCUCCCGCCUCUGCUGUAUCCUAACAACCAUGGCCCUAUUCGGCGCAUCCCGAGCCAUCCGAUCCGGCGACCACAACCGCACGCAGCGCAUGUUCCGCGCACGUAUAUAUGCUCAAGGAUUUACGCUCCUCUCCAUGGUUGCAGGAUCCAUGUACUGGAACACAGAUCGCAAGAAGCGCAAGGAGUUUGAGGGGGUGUUGGAGGAACAGAAAGCAAAGGAGAAGAAUGAGGCUUGGAUUAAGGAGUUGGAGGCGAGAGAUGAGGAGGAUAAAGAGAUUAGGAGGGCGAGAGAUGAAAGGAGGAGAAGGUCGGAAGGGAAACCCGCCGCGGCUAUAUCGGUAGCAAAUACGACGGAUUCUCCCGUGGAGGGCGAGCAGUCGAAGAAGGGUGUCAUGGAUCAGGUGCAGGGUAUGGUGUGGGGAAAGAAGUGA